AUGGCUGGCCAGGGAAAGCUUUUCCGUAGGGAGAUCCAGAAGCUGGACCUGGGCAAUGAGAACAAAGAGCUCAGGGAUGGCACUCUGGACAGAGGGGAUAGCAUCAUGGCAAAUAUAAUCAAGAAAUGUUUGAUGAAUGUAGAGCAGCUUUCUUUCUCAUCAAUCACAUUUCCCAUGAUUGGAACCGGAAACUUGAGGUUUCCCAAAGCUAUUUUUGCUGAACUAAUGAUUUCAGAAGUGUUCAAAUUUAGUAGCAGUGAGUGGCUGAAAACCUUACAGGAAGUUCAACUUCUGGUACAUCCAGAUGAUGAGGAAAGCCAACAGAUAUUUUUAGAUGAAUUCACUAGACAGUCGAACGGAAAUCUCAACAAGGACGGGAUUCUCAAGGCUGGAGAUAUGCAAGAUAUCUUCGGGGCUGUCUCUAACCCUGAGUUUGGAACAUAUGAAAUGAACAUUGGUGCGAUUACUUUCCAGAUUGCUCCUGGAGAUAUCACCAAGGAAAAAACAGAUGUUAUUGUAAACUCGACAGUAAGGACAUUUAAUCUAAAAUCAGGAGUGUCAAAAGCAAUUUUAGAAGGUGCUGGCCCAGCUGUGGAAAAUGAAUGUGCUGUACUAGCUACACAGCCUCACAGAGAUUUUAUAGUUACACAAGGUGGAUUCCUAAUGUGCAAGAUAAUAAUGCAUGUUCUUGGGGAAAAUGAUGUCAGGAAAACGGUCUCCAGUGUUCUGGAAGAGUGUGAACAGAGGAAGUACACAUCUGUUUCCCUUCCAGCCAUCGGAACAGGAAAUGGUGGAAAAAACCCUGUCAUGGUUGCUGAUGAUAUUAUCAGUGCAGUUGCAGACUUCGCAUGGAAACAUUCCACUCCAUCAUUGAAAACAGUUAAAGUUGUCAUCUUUCUAACUGAUCUGCUAAAGGUAUUCCACGACAGCAUGAAAAAAAGAGCAGUCUCCACAUCCAUAUUCUCCAAGACUGCAUAUAAUAUUCCUGAACAAUGGACUGACAUGAAUCAGCAGCCAUACUGUGUGGUCAAGCUACAACCCGGACAGUCAGAAUAUGACACCGUGAAGGACAAGUUCUGUGAGACUUGUCUUUCCUACGAAAUAGAGAAGAUUGAGAGGAUACAGAAUGUAUUUCUCUGGGAGAGCUACCAGGUAAAGAAAAACCACAUGGACACCAAGAAUGGCCAUACCAAUAACGAGAGACAACUCUUCCACGGCACAGAUGCAGACACAGUGCCGUACAUCAAUCAGCACGGCUUUAAUCGCAGUUAUGCUGGGAAGAACGCUACAGUUUUUGGAAAAGGAACGUAUUUCGCUGUUGAUGCCAGUUAUUCUGCUAAGGAUAAAUACUCCAGAGCAGACAGCAGUGGGAGGAAGCAUAUUUACGUUGUGCGAGUACUUACAGGAGUCUACACAGUUGGACACCCAGCAAUAAAAAGCCCUCCACCAAAGAACCCUGACAACCCUACGGAUCUGUUUGACUCGGUCACAGAUGAUACACAGCAUCCAAAGCUAUUUGUGGUAUUCUCUGAUCAUCAAGCUUACCCAGAAUAUCUCAUAACUUUCAGAAAAAAAAAGUUUCUUAAAAAACAAAGAGAUGAUUUAGUCGUCGAUUUAUAAGAAGAAUUUAUAGAUAAAUCAUAAUUCUUAAAAAGUAAAAUAAUUUUUCUAAAAGAAUUUUUUUGAAAAAAGAACAAUUUAUAGAUUUUUUUGUCAUUGCCUUUAACUUGUUUACAUAAAUAAAAAUCUCCUUGUUAAGUGCUGA